GGGACACUGCAGCGGGAUGGAGUCCCUCUUCAGCUGGUCACACUGUUGCUCCCUGACCGACGGCCAGUCAGAAAGAAACCUGCUGCUACCUUGAGGGAAUGCACAGUGCGCGCGCGUAUGAGUUAAAGGCAGAGCGAUAGGGAGAGAGGGGGUUGCCUAAACAGACGCAGCAGCAGACGUGCCCGCUGCCGUCUGCCUGUUUCACUCUCCCGACAGCAGCGCUUUGACGCACCACGCAGAGUUGGACUAGAGUGUUGCGCGCUGGACUCUCACGGCUUUUCCCUCUCAUUCUGACUGCACUCUUGCCAUCGACCUCUAAUUGAUUUCUGCCUCUAAUUGGGAUCAAUAACUCCCCAGCACGGUGACAUCUGCUGAGUUUUCCAGGAGGAACCAGCCCUGCCGCUGCGCCGGACGCGUGUGGUGAAUUAAUAACCAACACAGCCUUACCUGGAGUGUGUGUUUACACACCAAGCGUAUGUGACUGGAAGAUUUUUUGUUGGAUCUUCUCUGGGUGCUUUACUGUCUUGGAUUCACGCGCUCGUGUUUCCACACACAGCACACGUCGGGAGGACCCGGGCACCGCAUGCCGGGGGCAUGUGGAAGUUUGCGCCGCUGUAGCGCACACAGAGAGCCCCCUCCAGCUCACUGGGGACCAAACUCUGGGUUCACACAUUAAACCCACCGAAGGGCCCAGGUGUAAAUUAUUCUGUAAUAUAUAGAAGCACGCAAAUGGAAAGGAGGGACGAGUUUUGGGUCUGUUUUUAAAGAGGGCUCGGGAUCUUGUUUCGUGAGUUUGCUCAGGUCCUUCGGGAAUCUUCUUCUUUGUAACGACCUUGUUCGUUGUUCGGGUCUCACAUUGACCCUCCACUUGCCGCAGUGAUGGUGGGAGCUCUGCGCCCCAUCGCCUUUGGACGCUCCUUGGGGACUGCGCCAAGGCUGCUGGUGACCGUAUUGGUCUUGGUCCUGUUUGGCGGAGCGGACGGGCAGCCCUGCCCGGCCCAGUGUUCCUGCACCGGGACCACAGUGGACUGUCACGGCCAAGGGCUGCGCAGCGUGCCCAGGAACAUCCCCAGGAACGCGGAACGGUUGGAUCUGAAUGCAAACAACCUCACUAAAAUCACCAAGACAGAUUUUUCAGGACUGAAGCAUCUUCGAGUCUUGCAGUUAAUGGAGAACAAAAUCACCACAAUCGAAAGGGGAGCCUUCCAAGACCUAAAGGAGCUGGAGAGACUACGCCUAAAUCGGAAUAACCUGGCCGUAUUUCCAGAGCUGCUUUUCCUGGGAACAACAAAGCUCUACAGACUUGACCUGAGUGAAAACCAGAUUCAGGGGGUUCCAAGGAAAGCCUUCAGGGGAGCUGUGGAAAUCAAGAACCUCCAGCUGGACUACAACCACAUCAGCUGCAUUGAGGAUGGAGCUUUCAGAGCAUUACGUGACCUGGAAGUACUGACCCUGAACAAUAACAACAUGAGUCGGCUGUCUGUGGCCAGUUUUAACCACAUGCCGAAGCUCAGGACCUUUCGCCUGCACUCCAACAACUUGCAGUGUGACUGCCAUGUUGCCUGGCUGUCCGAGUGGCUGCGACAGCGCCCCCGCCUGGGUCUCUACACGCAGUGCAUGUUCCCCCCACACCUGAGGGGCCACAAUGUGGCAGAGGUGCAGAAGAAGGAGUUUGUGUGUGGAGGUCACCAGUCAUCAUCGUCUUCCUCCUGCAGCGUUUUACAGUGCCCGGAGUCCUGCACCUGCAGCAACAACAUCGUAGACUGCAGAGGAAAGAGUCUAACAGAAAUACCCACCAACCUGCCUGAAACCAUUACUGAGAUACGACUGGAGCAGAACGCUAUCAAGGUGAUCCCAGCUGGGGCCUUUUCUUCCUAUAAGAAGCUGCGCCGGAUAGAUCUGAGUAACAACCAGAUAUCAGAACUGGCCUCUGAUGCCUUCCAAGGUCUGCGUUCCCUUAAUUCUUUAGUUCUGUAUGGGAACAAAAUUACUGAGAUUUCCAAAGGACUGUUUGAGGGGCUGUUUUCUCUUCAGCUGCUGCUGCUGAAUGCUAAUAAGAUAGCGUGUCUGCGAGUGGACGCCUUUCAGGACCUUCAUAACCUCAAUCUGCUGUCACUGUAUGACAACAAGCUCCAAACCAUAGCCAAGGGGACUUUCUCAUCUCUGAGGGCCAUACAAACACUUCACUUAGCCCAGAACCCGUUUAUCUGUGACUGCCAUCUGAAGUGGCUGGCUGACUACCUGCAGGAUAAUCCCAUCGAGACGAGCGGCGCCCGCUGCACCAGCCCCCGGCGGCUCGCCAACAAACGGAUCGGACAAAUCAAGAGCAAGAAGUUCCGUUGCUCAGCUAGAGAACAGUAUUUCAUCCCAGGUGCUGAGGAUUACCGCAGUAAGCUUGGAGGUGACUGCUUUGCUGACUUGGCUUGCCCUGAGAAGUGUCGCUGUGAGGGCACAACGGUGGACUGCUCCAACCAGAAACUCACUAAAAUCCCUGAUCACAUCCCGCAGUACACAGCAGAACUGCGUUUGAACAACAAUGAAUUCACCGUGCUUGAGGCGACGGGAAUCUUCAAAAAGCUGCCUCAGCUGAGGAAAAUUAACCUGAGCAACAACCGCAUCACAGACAUAGAGGAGGGGACGUUUGAAGGAGCUUCAGGGGUCAAUGAGUUAAUUCUGACCUCCAACAGAUUGGAGAACAUUCACCACCGCAUGUUAAAGGGACUCGGUGGCCUUCGCACACUUAUGCUGAGGAGUAACCGCAUCAGCUGUGUGAGCAACAGCAGCUUCGUUGGUCUGAGUUCAGUUCGUCUCCUUUCGCUCUACGACAACCAGAUCACCUCCAUGAACCCCGGAGCCUUCGACACGCUGCACUCUCUCUCCACGCUAAAUCUGCUGGCCAAUCCCUUCAACUGUAACUGCCACCUGGCCUGGCUCGGUGAUUGGUUGAGGAGGAAGCGUAUUGUGACCGGAAACCCUCGCUGUCAGAAUCCAUAUUUCCUCAAAGAGAUUCCUAUCCAGGAUGUGGCUGUCCAAGACUUUGCCUGUGAAGAUGGUAACGACGAGAACAGCUGCUCUCCCGUCCUGAGGUGUCCGGCUGAGUGCUCCUGUCUGGACACGGUGGUGCGCUGCAGCAACAAGGGCCUCACCUCGCUCCCCAAAGGCCUCCCCAAAGAGACCACCGAGCUGUAUUUAGAUGGUAACCACUUCACUCAGGUUCCCGUGGAGCUCUCCCAUUACAAACACCUGACUCUCAUUGAUUUGAGUAACAACCAGAUCAGCACGUUGUCCAACCACAGCCUCAGUAACAUGUCCGAGCUGCUGACCCUAAUCCUGAGCUACAACCGCCUGCGGUGCAUCCCAGUUAGAGCGUUCGACGGACUCAAAUCCCUCCGUCUGCUAUCUCUCCAUGGUAAUGACAUAUCUCUGAUACCAGAGGGAGCCUUUAAGGACCUGUCAUCACUUUCCCAUUUGGCUCUGGGUGCCAACCCCCUGUACUGUGACUGCCACAUGCAGUGGCUCUCAGACUGGGUGAAGAGUGGAUACAAGGAGCCUGGGAUUGCCCGUUGUGCUGGGCCGGGUGACAUGACAGACAAACUGCUCCUCACCACGCCCUCCAAGAAGUUCACAUGCACAGAAGUCCCCGGGCCUUGUGGUUUUCUGGUGCCAGGCCCUGUGGAUUUGAGUAUCCAAGCUAAGUGUGACCCCUGCCUAUCCAACCCCUGCAAGAAUGAUGGCACCUGUGCUAAUGACCCCGUGCACUACUACCGCUGCACCUGCCCUUAUGGAUUUAAGGGACAAAACUGUGAGGAGCCCAUUCAUGCCUGCAUCAGUAACCCAUGUCAGAGUGGUGGAACUUGUCACCUGAAGGAGGGGGAAGGAAGCAACUUCUGGUGUGUGUGUCCAGAGGGAUUUGAAGGUGAUACAUGUGAGAUCAACAUUGAUGACUGUGAAGAUAACGACUGUGAGAACAACUCUACCUGUGUUGAUGGAAUCAAUAACUACACAUGCAUGUGCUCCCCUGAGUACACAGCUGCUACCAAUGAGGUGGAGAGAGGAGAGUUGUGUGAGGAGAAACUGGACUUCUGUGCCCCUGAGCUGAACCCAUGUCAGCACGACUCAAAGUGCAUUCUGACGCCUCAAGGAUACAAGUGUGAGUGCACUCCAGGUUAUGUUGGGGAGCACUGUGAGGUGGACUAUGAUGAUUGUGAGGAGAACAAAUGUCAGAAUGGAGGCCAUUGCAUUGAUGCAGUGAAUGGAUACACCUGCAUCUGUCCAGAAGGAUACAGCGGGUUAUUCUGCGAGUUUUCCCCGCCGAUGGUCCUUCCUCGCACCAGUCCUUGUGACAACCAUGAAUGCCUCAAUGCGGCCCAAUGCGUUGUCAUGGGAACAGACCCCCAGUGCCAGUGUCUCCACGGCUACGAGGGUGAGCGCUGUGAAACACUCGCCAGCGUCAACUUUGUCAACAGAGAGUCAUACCUGCAGCUUCCCUCCAGCCUCCUCUCACCUGAGACCAACAUCAGCCUGCAGAUUGCUACGGAUGAGGACAGUGGUGUGCUUUUAUACAAAGGCGACAAUGACCACAUCGCUAUGGAGCUGUACCGGGGGCGUCUCAGGGUUGGCUAUGACACCGGGUCCUACCCACCUUCUGCUAUCUACAGUGUGGAGACAGUGAAUGAUGGGAGCUUCCAUUCGGUGGAGUUAAUAGCAGCAGAUCAGAGUCUGUCUCUGUCCAUUGAUGGUGGUCCACCCAAAUCCAUUGGUUCCAUCAGCAAACGAUCCACCCUCAACAUCGAUUCUCCCCUUUACCUGGGAGGGAUGCCAGAGAGACUCUCAGCCUCCGGUGGUCUUUCUGCCCUCCAGCUCAGCUCAGGAGGUCGCAACGGCACUAGCUUCCACGGCUGCCUGCGUAACCUCUACAUCAAUGGGAAACUGCAGGACCUGGGAGCGGGGCUGAAGCCAGGAGGUCUGGGUUCUGGGACUCCACAGAGCAGCAAGCAGUGGCUGGGGAGUGGGGUGGAGCCUGGCUGUCAGCCAUGUCUGAGAGGAGCUUGUCUCCAAGGAGACUGUCACCCAACGGGUCACCGAGGCUUUACCUGUACCUGCCACCCUGGGUGGACUGGAGCCCUCUGUGACCAGCAAGUUAGCAAUCCUUGUGAUGGUAACAAGUGUAUCCAUGGAACCUGUAUCCCAAUCAACUCAUACUCAUACUCCUGCCGCUGCCAGCCCGGCUUCGCCGGCGUUUUGUGUGACGAGCAGAGUCAGGACGCUGGGAGCCCCUGCAGCCUGUCUCACUGCAAACAUGGAAAAUGUCGAGUUUCAGGCCUGGGCAAAGCUUACUGUGAGUGUAACGGGGGCUACACAGGAGAGGCGUGCGACAGAGCCUCCCCUGAGCUUCCUUUUAAUCCCACACACGGAGCUACUCAGAGGUUGCCUGUCGUGGGGAACGGAUCAGAGAUGUCUACCAGAGACAGCAAGGCUAUGCGGCAUGCCAAACCCAGGAGAAGGUCUCCCGUCUAGAGUGUCGAGGCAGCUGCCCGGCGGGAGCAGAGGGCCAGGGGGCCUGCUGCACCCCCCUCCGCAGCAAACGCAGGAAAUACACCUUCCAGUGCACCGAUGGCUCUUCUUUUGUCCAGGAAGUGGAAAAAAUUGUCAAGUGCGGCUGUACAAAGUGUUCUUCUUAAAAAAGAAAGUUUUUUUUAAAGACAGCUCCCUGGACAGAUUUCCACUUCUCCAGAUAAAUUCUGUGUUCCUGCCCGCCUUACUUGGUCCUGGUACCCUCCUGUUUCUCUUGAGGAAGCGCUCUUCACCACCUACUGAGAGUAUUAUUGCCACCAACCCUGUUUUUUUUAAAAACCCUGAAAAAAGUGGACAAAAAAUUAAAAUAGAGAAAACAAAAAAAAGUUGCUUUUCUUGUCAGUGCUGGACUGAUGAUCGAUGCUUCCUCGGUGAGGACCCUGAAUUGUAUUGUAAAGUACAAAAAACAGACUUUAUUUUUUAUUAUGAAGUGUGGAAAAAAGACAAGAAUGAAACACUAAAAGUUGACUUUGUCCUUACGUUUGCUACUCCUUGUUGGUCAUGAUGACUCCAGUGGUGUGCCACGCUGUCUCUUCCCCAGAGAACUGACCGGUCACUGAUGGCUUACCACUUCCUGUAGACUUCCUCCUUCCUGUGCAUUUUAGGAAUCAUUUUAACUGGUAGUUCCACAGACUUGCCACCAGGAGGAGCUGCAUUAAAGCCUGGGAGAAUGUGGGGCAUUGAUAAUCCCAGAUACAACAAUAAAAGCACCUAUGUAAUCUGCAGGCUGCUUUGGCCAACCUCUGUGACGGUGUGCAUGAUCAUACACGUGUGGUAUUUCUUUGUUUUCUUUUUUACAGCUACUGAACACACACUCACUCUCACCUGCUACGUGUCAGGGUACACGCCACCCUCUGUUCAUGCACCUCUGGUCAUGAAUUACAUGUAUUUAUUGUGUCACAAAUACCUUGGCUUAUUCAGUAGAUCCCUCGUGUAUCAGUUUGAUUCUUUUAAUAUAUAUUAAUUUAUAUGUGUCCUUAUUUUUGUAUUAAAAGACAUAAUCUGUCAAGAUAGCUAAACUAACAAAAUGCUGUCCUUUAUUUUUGGUGUAAGAGAAGUUGUUUUUUUAUCACUGAAACUAUUGUGCUUGCCAGAGACCUUAGUUACAUUUUAAUCUGCAAAUGUGACGUGAAGACAUUGUAUAUUUUUGUGGCGUUUCCUGAGAGUUUGUACUGUGCCGUUACCAGAAGGUCUUUAUAUAUUAGAGUAUAAAUGUAUAGUUUUCCCUACUUACGUAUUUCACACACACAGAUCUUUGUGCGUAGCAUUGACCCUAGUGGAUGCAUAGAGCUCUUUUUACCUUUUUAACAAAUUUAAAGAAUACUGUGACUUUUUUCUAAAUGAAACUACUUUGUUAGCCCCUCGGCCCCUGUUGUUAACAUGUUGCUGCUAAGUUUUUGUACCGUAGACUUGGAUCCUGAUCUGUAUGUUAUAUCGAGCUUCCUGCUCCAAACAGUAUGAGGGCGGGUGGGCACCUUGUGUAACAGAUAAAUGUGUCCCUGCCACCUCUACACGUGUGCAUUGUGCUUUAUAUUCCCCCUCCUCUCCAUCCCCAGACUAAUGUCAGUUCCCUGACUGAUGUUUGUUUAUUAAACACAAUAUUUACCUCA